GCGAGAAGUUCAGGAUCUUGAGCAAAUUUGUCAUCAGAAAAAAUUACUACGUCCAUUUUAAGUAAAAUCUGUUAAAGUUCAAGACUGUUUUUUCUUUAAGGAGGGAAAUCAAGAUGGUCAAAAGCAAAGCACCGCAAGAAAAGAAUAUUCAAGUGGUUGUUCGGUGUCGGCCCCGAAAUGGAAAAGAGGUCAAAGAAGGCUCGCCAUCUGUGGUCAAGUGCCAGCCAGCAAAGCGGGAAAUAGUUGUUAAACAUGACAUUGCAAACACUUCCUCAUUGUCAUCAACAACAAAGACGUUUACAUUUGAUCGAGUGUUUGCCCCUGAUACCAAACAGAUUGAUGUUUAUCGCUCAGUUGUUGUGCCAAUCUUAGACGAAGUUCUCAUGGGAUACAACUGUACAAUCUUUGCCUAUGGUCAGACUGGAACAGGGAAGACAUAUACCAUGGAAGGAGAGAGAAGUCAAGAAGAUUGUUCUUGGGAAGAGGAUCCUUCAGCUGGAAUCAUUCCACGGACCAUGCAUCAGUUGCUAGAGAAAUUGAACAGUCAAACUGACUGUGAGUUCUCUGUCCGAGUCUCAUUUUUAGAGAUAUAUAAUGAAGAGCUAUUUGAUUUACUGAGCUUGAGUAUGGACAAUCAAAAGAUGCGUCUUUUUGAAGACUCAACUCGUAAGGGUUCAGUCGUCAUCCAAGGUCUGGAAGAGCUUGUAGUCCAUGACAAAGAUGAUGUGUACAACAUUCUUGAAAGAGGUAGAGCUAAGCGACAAACAGCAGCAACUCUUAUGAACGCACAUUCAAGAAGCAAGCCGUUAUGUAAUGUAACAAUCAAAUUUUAUAUUCCUUUUCCCUUUCUUUCAGGCACAAUUAAUCAGAGCUUGUUAACACUAGGAAGGGUGAUUACAUCACUGGUGGAAAGAGCCCCACACAUUCCUUACAGAGAAAGCAAAUUAACAAGGCUGCUACAAGAUUCUCUUGGUGGUCGCACAAAAACGUCCAUAAUUGCUACCAUAUCACCAGCUCUUUGCAACUUGGAGGAAACCCUUAGCACAUUGGACUAUGCACACAGAGCCAAGAACAUCCUUAACAGGCCAGAAGUGAAUCAAAAACUCACCAAGCGAACUUUAAUCAAGGAAUACACUGAGGAAAUUGAAAAACUGAAGAAAGAUCUUCUGGCAGCAAGAGAAAAGAAUGGCAUUUAUAUAGCUGAGGAAAAUUUUCUAGCUAUGCAACAAGAGAUCAAAUCUCAACAAGAGCUGAAUGCCGAAAGAGAGGCAAAAAUCUCUGUUCUCCAGGAAGAAAUGAGAAAGUUAAGUGAACUCUUCACAGACACACAGCAAGAGCUUGAGGAAAGGUGCAUGGAGCUCGAAGAAAAGGACACUGAACUGAGGAAGACCAAUUGCAGUUUGAAGGAAACUAAACACACUCUAAGAACAACAAUUUUAGAGAGAGAUCAAAAUCAAUACCUUGUUGACGAACACAGCAAAACUGAAAAUUAUUUGCAUUCUCAGGCGUCAACUCUUCUGCAUGUUGUAGAAGAUAGUAUCUCUGAUGUAGACGGACUUCACUUAAAACUUGAUCGCAAGCACAAUGUUGAAGCUCACAAUGUGAAUGCUCGAGAUACAUUUGGAGAGGACUGCAGGCACUUGAUUAAAACAGCCAAGCAGAAUUUAAACCAGUUUCAGGGAGAAAACUUUGUAUUCUUUGAUGCAAUGAGGAAAACUUUGGGAACCCUUGUUUCCAAAAAGGCAGAGGAAUCUGUAGAACUUCAAGAUCAAAUGCAAAGUUUCAAGAAUAGUAUGGUAGCUCAAAUACAAGAAAUGUCUUCCAGAGAACAGGUAUGGCUUACAUGUAUAUAUAGUCAUUUGCUGGCUCAGGAACUACAACAGACGUUCUUCAAGCAGAUGAUGUCAUUAUUUCAAGAAGUGAAUGACAAACAGACAGAGAAGCUAUCUGACGAUGCUAGCAAGGUUACAGAAGUGACUUCCAUUGCUAGACAAAAUGCGGAAACUGCAAACACUAAUCUUAGAAGUUAUUGUGACUCUCUGAAGAACUGCGCUUCGCAGUUCUCAGAUAACUGCUCACAAACCGUUGUUAACAACACUGCUGAGGCACAGAAGAGUUUCAAACAGGCUGCCGAACAAAUUCAUGACACCACAAAUCUUCGUAAAGGCGUCGAGGAGGAUGUCAUGAACGCUUCACACAAAGUUGACGAGCUGGCCGUUCAAUGGCAGAACAUGUUGGAAGAAUCAUUCAGUCAGCACCUUGUAACUCUCAAGUCUUGUUCAGCACAGCAACAGAGUUCAGUGAAGGUAUGUGAAGAACAACUCGAGCAACAUUUCACCGGUGUGAAAACUGCGCUUGCCUCUCAAGACCACUCGCUUGGAGAAAUGGCCGCCACACAGGAACGUCACCUGUCUGACCAAUCAGAAUCGACGAACACAUGGUCACGUGACCAGGACAAACUUGUUGAACAGGUUAAUACCAGAGUAAACCAGUUUCUGCUGGAAGAUUUAAAAGAUGAUCUACCAACAGGUAGCACCCCCCAGAGGCGCCCAUUUGACUAUCCAACAACGCUGAUAAGAACAGAGCCGCUUGACGUACUCAGACAAAGGUUUCAAGCCAGUUAUGUGGCACCACCUUUCUCGCCAGAGUCUCAGCCGAUCAAGAGUGUUUCAAGUGACGAAUCUGUGCCAGUGUUUGAGUUGAGUCAAAGUAGCACUGUCAGUUCAGAGACUGGUGUGUAUCCAUUGCGCAGCAGUGAAGGCGAUCUGCUUGACAAUGACAGCCUUGAAGAUAGCGAAAAUGAAGUUGUUGUUGCCACAGAUGAAGCUGUGUUCGUGGAACCACAGGCUGUUGUGGCACGUAAUAAAGCCAUGUCUGCUAACACGACCACAGAUAAGGAGAACAAAGAGGCGACUCUAAACAGAGCCUCCAGUAUCCCUAACCUGGCUGGAGUGGGAAGCAAAAUUCCAUCAGUGAAUAAAUUCAAGACUCCGGUGGAUCGUGUUAAACGUCCUCUGAGAUCAAUGAACACUCAGUAAAAUAACAAUGGUUAUUAUUUU